UUCUAAGCUAGCUAGUUGGCUAGCUGGGACGACAGGAAAAAGGAAGAAUGUUGUCUUGUGACCAUUUGGGUGAAUGUGCCUGACAAUGGCCAAGAGGAUAAUGAUGUUGCUGAUGGAUAUUCCAUUUAUUGCCAACAAUUUUCCAGUUUUCAUAAAAGGAAGAAGAGGCCUACCUAUCUCUACCGCAUCACACCAUCUCCCUUACUCACUGGUUCUUUUCGUGCGUGAAAUCGGCUUUGCUUGUUAGCCAGAGUAUUACGUGUUGUUGUUGUUUUUUGUGCUUUUCUUUUUUCUUUUUUCUUUUUUUUUCACACUCAAAAAGCUGAAGCUUUGAUGUUGCGAGAUACGAACCUUACUUAAUUUGUAAUUUAGUGCGCUCCAGGUUUUUGGACUUUUUUUUGCUGUUGUUGUUGCUGAUCUGUUUUGUAUUUGUUGGCCUGCUGCCUGCUGCCUGCACCCCCCUCCGUGUUUUAGCUUUUCCUACCAACAUUUCUCGGUUCUCGGCUUAAUUUGUUUAGUCACACUUUGUUGAAGAAGUCAACAAACUCCGCAUGGGUUUGCUUAAUAUAUAAUACUCUCAACUCAACUCAACUCAGCCCAGCGUUCGACGCAGUCAACGAAACUUUUUUUCGUUGCUUGGUUUAUGAUCAUUAAAAUGCUUACAAGGCGUCUGAAACUUGUCAUCCAGUUGUGUAUAAUUAAUGAAGCUCAUUUUGGUUAGAAUCGCUGCUGGCUUCUACCCUUUGCUUUUAACUUUUUUUCUUCUUUUUUUCUUGCUUUUUAAUGUUUUUUUUUUGUGAUUUUUGUUGCUGGGUGAAAAUUAUAUUGACGGGGCUGAAAGUUGAGUUUUGUUGUAGGUAUUAAUGUGUGUUUUUUAUCAGAAGAAGUUCAUCUUCUUUAGCCUUUUUUUAACCUUUGAAUUUGAAUGAAAUAUUAUCUGAAAGUUGAAUUUAAAUUUCUUUUGAAUUGGUUUAUGUCACCGCUUAAAUUAAUUCAAGUUCAAGGCACUAAUUUGCAUUGAUUUCAUAAUAGGAGAAAGCGAAUACUAUACAUUUAUAAUAAACAUACUUAAUAGCUUUGUUUAUACUAUUUAAAUGUAUUUUUAAGUGACCAUUAACCUUGGAUCUGGAAUAUGUUUAAGCAGAGAAGGAAAUAUAAGAAAUUCCUUAAACUCUAAGAAGAAAGUAAGGAUACAAACCAUUUUCAAGGGCACUUACCAAACCGAAAACCUUUUCUUAAACAAGAAAAACAUAAAAAAUAAACACAAAUAUAAAACACAGUUUCCCUAACUAUAUAUAAUCUUUCCUUAUGACUGUUUAUUUCCUUGCCAAAUUCUAAGUAAUAGCUAAUCCAGUGAAACUUGUAAUCUUGUAUUUUCCAAAGAAUUUCAACGUCUUAGCCGCCCAUUGGAAGCCCCACAAAAUGUUCCUUAUGGUAAAAGCGCCUUUGGGCAACCUGUUAACGUUUUGUAUUUCUCCGAAAUUUUCUUCGCUUUUCCUCAGCGGAAGCGGCGGAACAAAAACAAUGCAUACGUCGUUUAUCUAUGCAGUACAACACACACACACACACCCACGCCCACGUAAAGAAAAACCAUUGCCACCCACAAAACGAACCCCCGCCCUUUAACCUUCGUUUGGUGAUUUUCUACAAAAGAUAACUGCGCUUUUCCUACCGCCAAUGCCUGGCAAUGCCAUUUCUCAUCUCUCUAAAAUUAUAAGACCAGUCAUGGAGUAUAAGAGUGAGCCAAAGUCUCCAAUGGUAAAAAGCAACAGUUCGCUUGCUCUCUCUCUCUGUGGGCGCUCUCUUUUAUUUUGGGGUGUGCCGCGGUGGAAAAACGUCAACAACAAGUGUUUUUCCCUCAAUUCUACACAAAGAGAGAGAGAGAGAGCGAGCUGGUCUCUUCUAUAGAAUUCUCUUCUAAAUAUGAAGAUUCUUCGGCUCUCCACUUCGUUUCGGUUCGUUUCUCAUUGGCUUCGGCUUUGCCUUCGGCUUACGGCUUCGGCUUCGUUCGUUUUAUUUGGGAAAAUCAGGCAAGAGAAUCUACAAACGAAAUCAGUCGGGUUUGCAACUCGGCCGGGAAAAGUCUUCAAGCGUUUGUCGUCGCGCAUCUCGUUUUCGUUUUUACUAUUGAUACGCCGUAGUCGCCGUGGUUUUUCGUCGUCGUCGUCGUUUAUUUAACGCGCUGAAUUAUCAAAAAUUCAAGCAACUAGCUAAUAAGUGAUUUUCUGACCACAGCAUCCAACAUUGUACAACAAUUGUGCCUCCCCCCAAAACAAAAAUAUUAAAAAAAAAUAUAUAAAAAAUAUUUAUAAAUCAUCCAUAAAUAAAAUAAAACAAAAAAAGGAAAAAGAAUUGCUGGAUGGAUUGUGCGUGUCGUUUAAUUGAUUUCAAGGAUUGCCAAAUGGCAAAAGUAAAUUGAAACUGUCGUCGUUGUCGUGGCUCGGGGAUUAAAAGUGCAGAUUAUAACACGCAGAAGGAGAAGAGCUUUCCAUCCGGUGUCCUCAUACUCGGCUGCUGCUGCUGCUUCUUCUCGCUACUCUGUCAUCGUUAUUGUGGCCGCAGUGUCACGUCUGGCAAAGAGAUUCGGCUUAAAAUUAAUUGAAACCCCUUGACAAAAAAAAGGGGAAAUUAAAAAUAAAAUACAAACCAAAUAUAAGAAGGGUGAACAAUUUAACAAUAGUGAAGUUUUAUUAGGCUUGUCCGGCCAAGUAAGCCGGAAAAAAGUGUUUUCUAAAUAUAUAUAUAUUUCUAUAACAUAAUAAACAUCUGCAAAUAUAACUGCUAUCGCAGAACCGGGCGCUGGUAAAAUGGUGGUUUUAGAGACUACCAGCGCCAUUCUGGGCGGACCAUAUGCCCAAGGCGCUCCCGCCUUGAAAAUGGUGCAGAAACGCUACAUUGGAUUACAUCAGUGGCUGGGACCAAUUCGCACCAAAGAGCUUAAGGAGCAUAUUGUAGGUGACAAUGUAAGUGACGAUGUGCUUUCGCUCGCUUUUAACCACAACCAACAACUGUUUCGCUCACAGAAUCCGGGCCUUGCAGCAGUUGCCACAAAUGCAGCGGCCGCAGCAGCAGCCGCAGCAGCUGCCACAUCGGCAGCGAGUGCUGCGGCCGCUGUGGGUGCUGCUCCUGUUCCCAAUGGAUCGCUGCAGCAGUCACAACAGCAGCAGCAACAGCAACAGCAGCAACAACAGCAACAACAACAAAUGCAAAUGGCUGCUGCAUCGCAACAGUUUUUGGCCGCCCAGCAGGCACAAAAUGCUGCCUAUGCCGCACAACAGGCCACGCCCUACGUCAUCAAUCCGGGCCAGGAGGCUCCACCAUAUAUGGGCAUGAUUGCCGCCCAGAUGCCGCAAUACUACGGCGUAGCGCCCUGGGGCAUGUAUCCGGGCAAUCUGAUUCCGCAACAGGGAACGCAGCCGCGUCGUCCGAUUACCCCCUCGCAGCAGGGUGCCGAGAAUCAGCCGUAUCAGGUCAUACCGGCCUUCCUCGAUCACACGGGCUCCCUGCUGAUGGGAGGACCCCGCACCGGCACGCCCAUGCGUCUGGUUAGUCCCGCCCCCGUUUUGGUGCCCCCGGGUGCCACCCGUGCCGGUCCCCCGCCGCCGCAGGGCCCACAGCUGUAUCAGCCGCAACCACAGACGGCCCAACAGAAUCUCUACUCGCAGCAGAAUGGCUCCAGUGUUGGAGGACUCGCCUUAAACACAAGCUCUUUGACGGGCCGCCGCGACUCCUUCGACCGCAGCACCUCCGCCUUCAGUCCCUCGACCAUGGACUACACCAGCAGUGGUGUGGCAGCAGCUGCCAAUGCGGUAAACAGCACAGUGGCCCAGGCAGCAGCAGCGGCCGCAGCAGCCGCCGCUGCGCGUGGCAAGUGGCAGGGAGCAAUGUCGGGAGCCGCCAGUGGAGCCUAUGGAGCCCUCGGAGCGGGUAAUGCCUCGGCCAGUCCGUUGGGCGCACCACUCACACCGCCGCCAUCGGCACAAUCCUGCCUCCUGGGCAAUCGGGCACCUGGAGCCGAAUCUCGCCAACGUCAGCAGCAACAACAGCAACAGCAACUGGCCGCCGUUGGUCUGCCGGCAACUGCAGCGGCUGCUCAGGCAGCAGUGGCAGCGGCCGCCAACAAUAUGUUCGGAUCGAAUAGCUCACUGUUCUCGAAUCACCUGGCCAUUCCGGGUACUGCAGCCGUGGCAGCGGCAGCAGCAGCAGCUGCGGCAGCCAAUUCGCGUCAGGUGGCAGCCACAGCAGCAGCAGCGGCGGUAGUGGCAGCGGCUGCUGGCGGAGUGGGCGGAGCCCCACAGCCAGGAAGAUCUCGCCUUCUCGAGGACUUCCGCAAUCAGCGGUAUCCGAAUCUCCAGCUACGCGAUCUCGUCAACCACAUUGUGGAGUUCUCACAGGAUCAGCACGGCUCGCGGUUCAUUCAACAGAAGUUGGAGCGUGCCACAGCUGCUGAGAAGCAAAUGGUAUUCAGUGAGAUCCUGGCAGCAGCCUAUAGCCUGAUGACCGAUGUCUUUGGCAACUAUGUCAUCCAGAAGUUCUUUGAGUUCGGCACUCCCGAGCAAAAGAAUACGCUGGGCAUGCAGGUCAAGGGUCAUGUGCUGCAGCUGGCACUGCAAAUGUACGGCUGUCGAGUGAUUCAAAAGGCUCUGGAAAGCAUCUCGCCGGAGCAGCAGCAGGAGAUCGUGCACGAGUUGGACGGACAUGUGCUGAAGUGUGUCAAGGAUCAGAAUGGCAAUCAUGUCGUGCAGAAAUGUAUUGAAUGUGUGGAUCCCGUAGCCCUGCAGUUCAUCAUUAAUGCAUUCAAGGGUCAAGUCUACUCGCUGAGCACCCAUCCCUACGGUUGCCGGGUGAUCCAAAGGAUCCUCGAGCACUGCACCGCCGAACAGACCACUCCCAUUUUGGAUGAACUGCACGAGCACACCGAACAGUUGAUCCAGGACCAAUAUGGCAACUAUGUAAUUCAGCAUGUGCUGGAACACGGCAAGCAGGAGGAUAAGUCCAUUCUGAUCAACAGCGUGCGUGGCAAGGUUCUGGUGCUAUCCCAGCACAAAUUCGCCUCAAAUGUGGUGGAGAAAUGCGUAACCCAUGCCACACGUGGCGAACGCACUGGCCUUAUAGACGAGGUCUGCACCUUCAACGACAACGCUUUGCACGUGAUGAUGAAGGAUCAGUAUGCCAACUAUGUGGUCCAAAAGAUGAUCGAUGUUUCAGAGCCGACGCAGCUUAAGAAGCUGAUGACCAAGAUCCGGCCACACAUGGCCGCCUUGCGCAAGUACACCUAUGGCAAGCACAUCAAUGCCAAGUUGGAGAAGUACUACAUGAAGAUAACCAAUCCCAUAACGGUGGGCACCGGAGGAGCUGGUGGAGUGCCAGCAACCUCGUCAGCGGUGGCAGUUAGCGGUGGUGCCACCUCGGCAUCGGCAACCGCUUGCACCAGUGGCAGCAGCACCACCACAACCAGCACUACUAACAGCUUGGCCUCACCCACUAUUUGCUCGGUGCAGGAGAACGGCAGCGCCAUGAUCGUGGAGCCCUCUUCCCCGGAUGCCUCCGAAUCCUCAUCCUCGGUGGUAUCAGGGGCUGUCAACAGCGGCUUGGGUCCCAUCGGACCACCGACCAACGGCAACGUUGUGCUGUAAGAGAAGAAUAACAAAAGAAAAUAAGAAAAGUAAAACCAGGCAGUCAAAGGAAACUUCCUUCUCGAAUCGCAGUAUAGAUUUUUAGGAGCUGUAGAGCUAAAACAUAAACAAACAAAAGAUACAUCUAAAUGUAAACUAAUUUAUUGAAAAGGCAGCGAUUAAUGGAGCUGCUCUCGAAGAUUUGUAAAGAGUUAAAAAGAAAGCAAACACACAAAAUGCGCCAAGCUAGAAAAACAAAAAGGGAAAACCAUAAUGGCAAAAGCUAUAAAGCUAAAACUAAAAAGCAAAUUUGUAUUUUUACGAACAAAAAAUAAUAACACUCUCACGGAAGAAGAUUUCAAAAUAUUUGUACAAUGCGCUCGCAUAUUUAAUUUGUAAAAUAGAAACAUAAAAAACAAACACACACAUACACACAAAAGGUGUUAUUUAAAUCGCAAAAUAAGAAAGAAGAUAAAACACAAACAAUGAAUGUAAAGUAAAAUGUCAAGGAAACAAUUUUGUCUGCGUACAUUUUCGUUGUAACUUUGUAUAAAUUAAUGAUUAUUAUAUAGCAAGUCUAUUUGUAAAUGAUUAAUGUUUCGACUGUAAAUUAAUAAGAGGACAAACUGAAGAAGAAGAAGAAGAAGGAGAGCCAACGAGCUGAAGAAUGCAGAAUGUAGAAUGUAGAAGAAGAGCAAGCGGGCUGCAUGAAUGAGCCUAGAAUUUAUAAAGUGCGGAAAGAGGAACCAUUUCAAAUAUACAUACACACACACACAUAUAUAUAUAUAUAAAUAAAUAUAAAAAAGAAACGAGGGAUUAACAGCAGAAGCCACACUUAGUGUAGAAUGUAGAGUAAAAACUGUUUUUGGAGCCAGCAGCUACCAAAAAACACAAUGAAAACAGAGACACACACGAGACACGCCCACGCCCUCUCACGCCCACACUUACACUACUACCACUACACUACACCCACACAAUGAACGACUACUCUUCAGCCCAUUCACGUUGCUUUUGCACUAUGUAAAAAUUUUGUAUAAAAAAAAACCCAAACAACCAACCAUAUGUAAACCAUGUAAUUUUCAAAUGUUUCAUUGUAAAAUGUAUACAUACUAUAUUUUGUAAAUUUUUUUUAAGUCGCAAGUAACUCAUACAUCUAUUCUAUUCUAAAAAGCACGCAUGUAUUUAUAAUUUUAUACAUUUAUUAGCUGGUUGAUGGCCUCUCAUCGGAGAUCUGCAAGGAUUUCGAAGGGUUGUCAUCGCCAGCUAAAAGAACCUGUUAGCUAAGUAAGCCCAAAAAACUGAUUAUAAAUUGGAUUUUAAAACUAUAACCAUCAGAAUAAAGCCAAUUUUUUUUUCAAAA